AUGUCUUUUAAUCGUGGAUUAAAAAGAGAUUCCUUUGGGAAUCGAAACUUCAAUAAUCGUGGUAAUAGCGGAGGAGGUGGAGGUAGACCUGGUAAUAUUGGUGGUGGAGGAGGAGGAGGUGGAAUGGGGAACAAUAUGGGUGGCGGUAUGGGUGGAGGAGGAGGAAAUAGCGGUAUGAAUCCUUGGGAAGGUGGAAUGAUGCCUGGAAGAGGAAUUUUACCUACUCCAAAUAAUAAUAUAUCUUUGGCUUCUCCGCAAGCGCAGUUAGCGAUAGCUAGUAAUCUUCUUUCAAAUUUGUUACGUACUCAACAAGAAACGCAACCACAAGUACCAUCUUUACUCAGCCUUGGAAAUAAUUUUUCUGGACCUGGGCCAAACUUUCCAAAUCAACAAAACUUUUCAUCAGGACGAUUUAAUGAUCGUCCAAUAAGACAUCCAGUCAAGAAUCAACGACCACAACCGUACAAUAAGAUGGGCAAUCGAGCCCGAGAUGGCCCUGCUGGGCGACGUGGCCCAUCUGCACAACAAUCUCGUGCACCCCAGUCUGGCAAUCAACGUAUGAAUGGAAACCAAAAUCAACAUCGCAACGAUAAAUCUUCUAAACCAAUUCCUGCCUCUAAACAAAAUCAGACUGCCAAAAAGGAACAGCAGGACAAUAAGACCUCUGAUAAUGAAAAAGCAGAAGCACCUGUUGUUAAAAGUGAACCUGUGGAAGAAUCUGAAGAUAAAAAACGUGACUGGAAGGAUGAGAAGAAUGAAAUGGAAGAAAUUAAAACAGAUAAGAUAAAUGAUGGAGAAAUAAAAAUUAAAAAUGAAGACGAAGACGAAAGUAAAAUGGAGAAAUCUCCUGGUACUGCUCCUGCUACUACUACUACUACUACUACUACUACUCCUACUACUUCCGUUAAUGCUACUAAUGCCGCUGUUGCUACUAAUGCAGCUGUCACAGAUGAUACAUCUAAAGAAGCAAAUGCAAAUACCUCAGACAAGGAUUCAAAAGCAACUGGAAAGAAAUCUGAAGCUAGACAUGCAGAGAGCCGUUAUGCGGAAGUACCAAUGAGUCAUAUGUUUUGUUAUAUAUGCAACAAACACAUGUGGGAUGGUUAUUCCUUUGAAAAUCAUUUAAGAGGACGUGCACAUCAAUUAAUGAUGGAAAAAUUGGACGAAUCGUACAAAUUAAAAGUUGAUUUAAUGAGACACGAAUUAAGAGUAGCGGAAGAACAACGUGGACUUAGUUUAAAUAAUUCUAAACGUCGAGGCAAAAAGAUUCCUGUAGAUCUCAAUAUAAGAGAAUAUUGUACUAUGUGCGAUUUAAAUUUUUAUGGAACAUUGUCGACGCAUCGUAAGAGCGAUAAACAUCAACAAUUGAAAACAUUUUUGCAUCCACGUUGUUUCCCAUGUUUAAAAGAAUUUCCAUCUCGUAUAGAGUACGAUGAACAUUGCUUAACGCCAGCUCAUAUGAAAAAUGCUGUACAAUGUGAAGAACAACGUAAGAAUAAAAAGAAAGAAAAACUUGGAAAGGGCGAAGCCGAAGUUCGUAAUGCCGAUGAUGAAGAGAAGGACGUUGGUCCUGAUCAAAAAAGUGAAAAGGAAGAUGAACCAGGAGAACAUGAAUAUAUUACUGACAUUACCGAAAAUCUAAAAGAUAAGAAAUUUAAAAUACCUUCUUACAGGCAUUGUCGACAAAAUCAAUUAUCCAUAGGUAAAUCUUUAGUGAAGGAAGUACAAGGAUAUUAUUGUGAAAAAUGUCGUAGAUUUAUGUUAUUAUCCGAAGACAUGAACGCUCAUCUUCGUAGUAUAACGCAUUAUAGAAAUUUCGUGCAAGAGGUUAAAUCUUUAACUGCUAAUAUCACAAAUACAGAAUCUAAAGAAACUGAGGAUGUUGAGAUCAAAAGAGAUAAUUCAUCGCAAAAUAGCGAGGAAUAUGAAGGUAAUUGGAAACGUCGCAAAAUUAUCCAUUCCGAGGAUGAAGAUAAUGGUGAAACUAAAGAAACACAAGAUAACAGCAAUGAAAGUUCGUCGGUUCAAAAGAAAACCGAUGGUGAUGAAAAGUAUGAUCCAUUGGAAGCUGAUGCAGAAUCUGAGGAAGAUGAGAAUAAUGAAACCAGUGGAAAUAAUGAACAAACCAUCGAUAAUGUCAUUAACAAUGAACAAGAGAGUAAGAAAACGCCAGCUGAAAAAAUGUGGGCUGACAUAGACAAUGACAAUGAUCUUGAAAUAGGAAAUUUAAUAGACGACGGCGAUGAGAAGGAACAUACGGAGCUUGAAAAAACAACGCCAGUUAGCGUAGAAGUUUCGCACACUCCGCAAAUGAAUAAGUCAUCACGUGGACGUGGAUAUUCACGUGGACGUGGCGGUGGCCCACGUGCACGAAGGUCACGACGAUAAAACGAUAAGAAGGAAAGAAGAGAUAAAUAAAAACAAAAUUAACAACAACUGGAAUUCAUAAGCGUAUUUUUGAAUAUUCUAUUUCUCUUUGGUAAAAAAUUAAAAAAGAAAAAAAAAUAGUGACAUCGCUCGGAAUAAAACGUAAAACGAAAAAUCGUCUGACAUAUUCUAUAGAAUUCUUGAGAAUUAAAAAAAAAAAAAA